AUGUCCGCGCUUUUCAAACGUUGUUGUAGUGUGUUUUCGAGAUCAACCGGUUCCUUCCACAAACAACUGUUGAAUUGGUCCUUUGAUUCAGUUGGCCUCAAGUGUGUAGAUAAUGGAUUAUCUUCACCAGUUGCAUCGAAAAACUGCUUUUCACUACUUGGAAUGUCUCCAACCGUUAAUCUAGCUACUUUGGCUCAAAUGGCUAUUUCUGGUCCAUUUCAAAAAAAGCGUCCCCCAAAUAAAGCGAUGAACUCGAAGCCAUUCAUAAAAGGGAUUGUGCUAAAAACUUUUAUACGUAAACCGAAGAAACCAAAUAGUGCGAAUAGAAAAUGUGUACGUGUCCGUUUAACUGAUGGUCGUGAAAUCACAGCUCAUAUUCCUGGUGAAGGUCAUAAUUUACAGGAACAUAAUAUUAUUUUAGUUCGUGGUGGUCGCACACAAGACCUUAUCGGAGUGAAACACAAAGUUGUACGUGGAGUACAUGACUGUGCACCUGUUCGGAAACCAGGUUCAAAAUGA